AUGCCUAUCACUGAAGGUAAUUGUAUUCUCCAGCCGGACAAUAUUACACGAUCUGUUAGCAUCAUUUUACCAGCACAUCGUAUAAAUGUACAGCUUAGUAUUACUGGACCUUACUUUGUUGGUGGAUUUCGUCUGUGUCUUCGUGGUCCUUAUUGUGUUGAUGGUGUGAAUACAGUACACAAACUUGAUCUAUGUCAAUUUUUCUGGACGCCAAAUCAAACAGUGUCACGUAUAGCAACACUUUCUGUCAUACUCAUCAAAGUUGUCAAUCAAACUAAUCCACUUAAAGUUGACGAUGAAUCACGCUAUGAUGGCCGUUGGACACUGACAUUUGAAGAGAGUUCACUUUUGGAUGAUAUGAUCUAUAAACAAGAUGGCUACUAUCUUCGUUAUGCAUCUCCACGAACAACAUUGACGUUCACAUUUAGUGAACAGUCAUUUUUCUUCAAAACAAUCAAUAUCUGA